AUGAUAGUAUGUUUCGCCUUAUGUUCCGUGAGAAGUUAUCUUGUGGUAAUCGUGCAUGUCUUCCAACCAGACAAUCAGAGGUAUUGUGAGUGCUAUGCAUAUGGAAGUUACUGUGAUGGCUGCAGCUGUGAAAAUUGUUACAAUAAUGUUGAAAAUGAAGGUGCCAGACGUGAAGCAGUCAAAAUUACUCUGGAGCGUAAUCCUAAUGCUUUUACACCUAGAAUUUCCAGCAGUUUUGGAGCUCAGGAAGUAACCCGAAAACGAGUAGUUGUUCAGAGGUUACACGGUGGUUGCCGCUGCAAGAAUACAAGGUGGCUUGAGAAAUACUAUGAAUGCUUUCAAGUCAACAAAGUUUGUUAUGAUCUUUGCAAAUGCGAAAGUUGCAAAAACUUUGAAGGAAGUGAAGAGAGACGACAGGCCCUCUUCUGGGGAAAUCAAUAUCAUGCAAAUAUUAAUAUUCCAUACAUACAACAGGCAGCAAAUGUAGACGUCACAGCAGCUAUGGAGGUUAUGGAAAUUGGCCAAGAGAGGAGCAGUAAUCUUAGAGAUAACUGA